AUGGAUGACUGCACGAACCUAAAAACACGCCGACCUCGGCACAAAGUAGCCAGGUCAGUGAUCAUCGAUUCAACAGUGCCCCACUCAUAUAUAAACUUGGGUGGUAUCACUUCACCACCACUAGGUCGUCGCUUGGGCUUACUUCGUCUUUUAUUGAUGGUAGACCCUUGGUAUCAACGAGCUUUAAAGCACAAAAAGAAGGACGUAGAGGAAGAUACUUUCCUAUUACCAUCCAUUGAACCAAAGCGCGUGAAGCCCACAUGGGCAGGCACUUCACCAUCCUUCAUAGAUUCAAAUAAGCGUAUAUUAGGACCGCCCAUUGCAGUCGAUGUCAUAGGCGUUAUUACUAGUAAACGCCCUACGAAAGUCCGCAAGUCGAAAGAUGAUAUAAAGUAUGAAUCGAGCAAACGCAAGAAAAAGGAACAGGAGUCUUUUAGGAAAUACCUUGUCGAUAUAAUCACCAAAGGAAAGCAGCCUAUUAUUGAGAGCUAUGUUAGCAAGAAUCUUCCUCCACUGACUGAAGAAGGAACUGGAGUUGGCAUUAGUCAACGGGAGAGGAGCAUUGCUGCGGAAGCAAACGAAAAGCUGAUGGAACAGAUUGAAGACGAGAUUCGUGAGGACUAUCUGCUGAGCGUGAAAAAGGCAAUAGUGGACUUUGUUUUAAAGGAUCCCUCGGAUCCCAACAUAGACGGUCUCCACAAGCAGGAUACGGAAGAGACAGCUGCAAAGUUGGAACACCGUCGCGAGCUAGAGGUUGUGCCCAAGCCGUGGCACAGCUCCUUCCUCAAUGCACAACGCUUCUGUCGGGUACACUUGCAUGUAACCAAUCGGUGCAUGCUCCAAGUUCUCGAUCUCUGGUUCUCACAAUUUCAUGAGCUUCGUCUCAUUGAUCCUCAUGAAUUCUACAAAAAAACCUCCGCAAUGGAGCUCUCUACAUUCCAACAUGCCUGUGUUAAAAAUAUAGACUCUGCCAAGGAAAUACUACUGAAGAACGAAAUGACCAGACUGGAGGAGUUCUUCCGGUGCGCAGCUGUGCUAAUGACUGGCAGCUUGCAACUACUGGGCCUAAAUUCUAUGCAGGACUUUACUCUUUUGCUCUGCAGUCCACCUCGCUUGUAUGAGCGAAUUACUGCCGAUAAGCAAUUCAGUGGACAUAUAAGCUUCGCAAGACCAAAGACUGAUAAUUCCGAACAAAUGUCUGGAUUUAUUCUUCGAUUGGUGCUAGAGGAUAAGCAGAUUAAAUUCGAUCCAACAAUAGAGGAGUUCGAAGAAAGCAUGAUGAGUCUGUUUGACAGGAUGCUCCAGGUGGUUCAGAGCAUCCCUCGCAUCGAGACCCGGUUGUACGCCGAUUGGCAAGGUGUUGGUGGGGAAAAGGUCACUCUACACCCCGUAAUCCUUCCUGAGGUUUUUGAAUCCUACAAGAACCAGGUCAAAACUACACUCAAAAAAGAGUCACGUGGACCAGAGCAUUACCUUCAAACGUAUAAUAAAUACGGAUUUCUUAUAAAUCGACAGGCUGAGCUAGACAUCGAAGCUCUUCUCAACCCAAGUGAGUCAUCUUCGUCUGACUUGGAAAAAAAGCGUCGUGGGGAUGGAAGUAGCAGCGAUGAAACCGUUGAGGAGGGCAAUGAACUGGAGUCCUUGGAGGAUGCCGAUGGAGAGAGAGAGAAGGACCACGUUCAACAUGCAGAUAACGUCAACGAAGGACCCAAGGGGCCUUCCUUUGACGAUUUGACAGGAGAGCUGUUGCGCUACCGCCACCUUACUAAGAAGAUCCAGUACGAGUCCCGUCGCACCAUCCGCCUCGGUUUGUUCGAGGUGCACGCGGACGAGUUGAUUCGCGCCCUCGUGAAGAGGGCCGAGGGCAUCGCUGACAAGGUUCUGGAUCGCAUUCUCGAGGAACAUCGGAACAUUAAUCGAUCUCUCAUCCGACAGUACGAGGACAUCGCAUUUAAAGCCUUAUCCAUCCCAGCCAAUACGGCUGAAAUGAUGGAUUUAAUAGAGUACGUCAAAAAGACGGAAACUCUUACCAUGGCACGAAUGGAGCGUGAGUUGGACCAUUCCAAAGAUCGACUUCUCUUUCUCAUGGACCAUGCACAAAUGAAUCCCUCUGAUAUGCGGAUGAUCGGCCAAGUCUUCGAGUGGCACUCGCGCAUGGUUGACAUUUUCGAUGAGCAUCGAAAUAUAAUGCGUCAGAAACGCGUUGAGUUUGAAAACAAUCUGCGCUAUCGGAGGGAGCGGUUCCAUGAAGAAUUGGAUAGUUACCGAAAACAGGUGGAGGAAUUUCAGCAUUUUGGGGACAUGCAAGAGAUGGUGCGCUAUCUCAAGAAAGCACAAGCUCUAGACGAACGACUGGAGGUAGCCCUGACCAAAAUUGAUUCUUUUAAUGCUGAGGAGACUGCCUUUGGUUGGACCUUGACCAACUAUCCUUUGAGAUUGGAAACCCAGAAUAUUCUAAAGCCCUACCUCAGGCUUUAUGAGACUACUGUAGAGUUCAAUAACAAGAGCAAAGAAUGGAUGGAUGGCCCCAUGGAGAAGGUAGAUCCAGAGGCCGUUGAUGCCGACGUUGCAAACUACCAUCGGGCCUUAUUUAAGUUAGAAAAGACCUUUGAACAAGUUCCAGCUCCGCGUAAAAUCGCCAGUAAAGUGCGGCUCAGAGUGGAGGAAUUCAAGGAACACCUACCACUGGUGAUGACACUGUUUAAUCCAGGUUUGAAGGAGAGACAUUGGCAACAGAUUUCCGACGUUGUGGGAUACACCCUUCGCAACGAGGAGGGCAUGUGUUUGGCUAAACUAAUCGACAUGAAUCUCGAAGGCUUCAUCCCUAAAUUUGAGGCCAUCUCUGAGGCUGCUACCAAGGAGUACAACCUAGAAAAGGCUUUAGCCAAAAUGAAGAAGGAAUGGGAACCGCUUGAAUUCACACUCUUGCCGUAUCGAGACAGUGGUACCCACAUUGUAUCGGCAGUUGAUGACAUUCAACUUAUCCUCGAUGAUCACAUUGUGAAGUCACAGACAAUGCGUGGAUCACCCUUCAUCAAACCCUUUGAGAAUGAAAUAAGGGAAUGGGAAGCAACUCUCGUAUUAACCCAAGACGUUUUGGAUGCCUGGCUCAAGGUGCAGGCGACAUGGCUUUAUCUCGAGCCCAUCUUCAGUUCACCAGACAUAAUGGCCCAAAUGCCCGACGAAAGUCGCAAAUUCACAUCUGUGGACAAGACAUGGAAGGAACUCAUGAAGCUCGCUGUCGCUGAUCCGCAUGUCCUUGCAGUCAUCAAAAUCGACAAGAUGUUGGAAAAGUUGCGCAAAGCGAAUGACUUCCUCGAAAUCAUCCUCAAGGGUUUAAAUGCAUAUUUAGAGAAAAAGCGCCUCUGUUUUCCUCGUUUCUUUUUCCUCUCCAACGAUGAGCUACUUGAAAUCCUCUCCGAGACCAAGGAUCCAACCCGUGUCCAGCCCCAUCUGAAAAAGUGUUUUGAAGGCAUUGCGCGGCUUAAUUUUACGGCGGAUCUGGAGAUCACACACAUACGCAGCAGUGAAGAUGAGGUGGUCAUGUUGAAGGAUGUCAUCUCAACUGCAAAGGCACGCGGAGCGGUCGAGAAGUGGCUUAUUGAACUGGAAAGUGAUAUGACCGCAUCAGUACGCUUAAAUAUCUUCAACUGCCUUGAGGACUAUGUGCAGACUGAGAACACGAGACAAAUUGAGGAGAUUGUUGAGAUGGUGCGUGGUAAGCUUUCAAAGCAGAACCGGACGACACUGCAGGCACUGAUAGUCCUGACCGUGCACGCACGUGAUGUGGUGCAAACACUGGUGGAUGAGAAGGUCAAAAGUGACACAGAGUUCCCUUGGCUCAGUCAACUACGCUACUACUGGGAAAACGACCAAUUGAAAACACGCAUGAUUAACUCGUCUCUUGCUUACGGUUACGAGUACUUGGGUAACACUACCCGCCUGGUCAUCACCCCACUGACGGACCGAUGCUACCGCACGCUGUUUGGGGCUCUUCACCUCCACCUAGGUGGCGCUCCCGAAGGUCCCGCAGGCACAGGGAAAACGGAAACCACGAAAGAUCUCGCCAAGGCUGUCGCCAAGCAGUGCGUCGUUUUUAACUGUUCUGACGGUCUUGACUACAUCUCUCUGGGCAAGUUCUUCAAGGGUUUGGCUUCCUGUGGCGCUUGGUCGUGCUUUGAUGAGUUCAACCGGAUUGAUUUGGAGGUGUUGUCUGUUGUCGCCCAGCAGAUCUUGACCAUUCAGAUAGCUAUAAAUUCUGGAAAAGAUAAACUCGUUUUUGAAGGCACGGAACUCACCCUCGACCCAACAUGUGCUGUCUUCAUUACCAUGAACCCAGGGUACGCCGGUCGUUCAGAAUUACCGGACAACUUGAAGGCACUCUUCCGUUCGGUGGCGAUGAUGGUACCAGACUAUGCAAUGAUCGCUGAAAUUUCGCUAUAUUCCUGUGGAUUUGUCACUGCUCGGCCGUUGGCUGUCAAGAUUGUUGCCACCUAUCGGUUAUGCUCUGAACAGCUUUCUAGCCAACCCCACUACGAUUAUGGCAUGAGGGCCGUUAAAUCUGUGCUUACCGCAGCCGGCAACUUGAAGCUCCAAUACCCAGAUGACAAUGAAGAUGUUCUAAUGCUCCGUUCCAUAAUUGAUGUCAACUUGCCAAAGUUUUUGAACCAUGAUUUACCUCUCUUUCACGGCAUCACCUCCGACCUCUUCCCGGGAAUUAAAUAUCCCGACCCCGACUAUGCCAUUCUCAAUAACGCUGCUAAGCGUGCUUGCAACCAUAUGAACUUACAAUGCACUGAUUUCUUUUUGACGAAAAUCCAGCAAAUUUACGAAAUGAUGAUUGUUCGGCAUGGAUUCAUGAUUACAGGCUAUCCAUUUGGUGGCAAAACGAGUGCUUAUCGAGGCCAAAUGGACGAAAACAAGGUUCAGAUUACAGUACUGAAUCCAAAGUCCAUCACAAUAGGUCAGUUGUAUGGUCGAUUCGAUCCAAACUCCCAUGAGUGGUCUGACGGUGUUCUGGCUGUCUCGUACCGGGCUUUUGCAGUGUCCCAAACUCCUGAUCGAAAGUGGUUGGUGUUUGAUGGUCCCGUGGACGCUGUCUGGAUUGAGAACAUGAAUACUGUUCUGGACGACAAUAAGAAGCUUUGCCUCAUGUCAGGUGAGAUAAUCCAAUUGGCACCGACCACCAAUCUCAUCUUUGAGCCGAUGGAUCUGGAAGCGGCCUCUCCAGCCACAGUUUCACGAUGCGGCAUGAUCUAUAUGGAGCCCAGCAGUCUUGGGUGGCGACCACUCAUGCAAAGUUGGCUGGCCAAGCUACCUGCCGGAAUGAAAGAAGCUCAAAAGAAGAUUAUUGAAAAUAUGUCUGAGCGCUUUAUUGACGCAGGUCUGACUAUGGUCCGCAAAGGUUCUGGAAAGGAACUCUCACCAACAACAGACAUAAACAUGGUCAGAAGUCUCACUAAUCUGAUUGAUUGCCAACUUGACGACUUUAAGGAUCCCGAUGUUGUUGAUUUCAACGGCGAAGACAACAUCAACUGCAUUGUAGAGUGCAUCUUCCUAUUUUCCUACGUGUGGUCAAUUGGUGCCACGAAGGAUGACAAGGGUCGCAAGCGAUUUGACAAGUUGACCCGCGAGCUCAUGAACGGAGGCAUGACGGAAGACACCCAACGCUAUCUGGCUUUUGUGGAGCAGGUUCCUCCUCCCAUGGAGGACUACAAAUUCCCCUUCCCCAUUAAAGGAAGUGUCUACGACUAUCGUCUUGACUUUACUAUUACCAAACCCAACAAGGACCAGAUGAAAGCUCAGACACUGAGAGAGGAUGAAGACCUAGAAACGAGUGGUGUGAUAACAGCAGACGAAACCGAGAAGAAUGAGGAAAGCGGUGUAGAAUAUCCGAUAAAGUGGACACAAUGGCGCGAGGUUGUUCGUGCCAUGCCCCCCAUCCCUAAGGAUGCCACUUUCAACGAGAUUAUUGUCACCACAGUGGAUACCGUAAGAACGAUGAAGCUGCUUGACCUUCUUGUGAAGCACCGCAAACCCUGCCUCUUUAACUUUCUUUUCAACGUUCUGGAUAAAAACGUGUACAAACCAAACGUAAUCAACUUCUCAGCGCAAACCAGCGCUAAUCAGACACAGAACAUGAUAAUGGGGAAGUUGGAUAGACGCCGAAAGGGGGUAUAUGGACCACCUGUGGGAAAGAGAAUGAUCUGCUUUGUUGACGACUUAAACAUGCCGGUGCGGGAGGUCUAUGGAGCCCAACCACCCAUUGAGUUGCUCCGUCAGUGGCUUGAUCACGGUAAUUGGUACGAUUUAAGGGACAAUUCGGUCCUAAAAUUGAUUGACCUUCAAUUUGUGGGCGCAAUGGAUCCACCGGGUGGUGGACGAAAUCCUGUAACCCCUCGAUUUCUGCGCCAUCUGAACACAAUCGCGAUAAACGAUUUCUCGGAGGAUACCAUGAAAACGAUCUUUAAUAAGAUCAUGAAUUGGCACUUUAUGGCCCACAAUUUCCCAAGGGAAUUCAGUCCAGAAUUGGCUGAAUUGCUGGUAAACGCCACUUUCGAAGUUUACCAACAAGCCACUUUGAACCUGCUGCCGACACCGGAGAAGUCGCACUACCUCUUUAAUCUGCGCGACUUUAGUCGCGUUAUUUAUGGCGUGAUGUUGAGUCGGCCAGAGUCAACAGCUGCUCCGGUUGCACUGAAACGUCUCUGGCUUCACGAAGUACACCGCGUCUACUACGAUCGUCUCAUUGACGACGCAGAUCGCUCGUGGUUCUUUGAGACAGCCAAAAAUGUUCUCAAGGAUAAACUGAACAUUGAACUGAAUGGGCUCUGUAAAAAUCUUGCAGAUAGAAGUGGUGAGGUGACCCAAGAUAGUUUGCGCUCUCUGAUGUUCUGCGAUUUUGUGGAUCCGAAGGGGGAUCGACUCUACGUGGAAGUGCCUGAUGUUGAGGCGUUACGUAAGAUUGUGGAGGGCUUCCUCGACGAGUAUAAUUCAAUGAGCAAGAAGCCAAUGAAUUUGGUCCUCUUCCGCUUUGCCAUUGAGCACGUUUGCCGCAUCACACGCAUCCUCAAGACGCCAAGGUCUCACGCCCUCCUCGUUGGUGUUGGGGGCUCGGGAAGACAGUCUCUUACCCGUCUUGCCGCUCACAUCUGCGACUACGACCUCUUCCAGGUGGAACUAUCCAAAGCUUAUGGUAUGAACGAGUGGAAUGAAGACCUCAAACGCAUCCUGCGAAAGACCACGGAGACGGAGAACCACUCCGUCUUUCUUUUUACUGACACCCAGGUGAAGCAGGAAUCGUUUGUGGAAGACCUGAACAACCUUCUAAAUGCUGGAGAGGUGCCCAACCUCUUCCCACCUGAUGAGAAGCAGGAAGUAUGCGAGAAGAUGCGCGUCCUUGAUAGGCAGCGUGACCGAAGCAAACAGACCGACGGCUCGCCUGUGGCUCUCUUUAACUACUUCAUUCAAAAAACUCGAGAUCAGCUUCACGUGUCGUGGCCUGAGGACGCAUUGACGGCUGUCGCAACGAGGCAAUUACAAUCCGUAGAGAUGUCUCCAGAAGUGCGCCAAGGAUGCAUCAAUCUGUGCAAGUACUUCCAUACAAGCACUCAAGACCUGUCCAUUCGAUAUCAACUGGAGUUGGAAAGACAUAACUACGUCACCCCGACAUCUUAUCUCGAACUCAUUUCCACUUUCAUAACGCUUUUGGAUGAAAAGAGGAAGUCGGUGCUGAUGCAAAAAAGCCGCUACGAGGUGGGUCUGGAGAAGUUGGGCAGCGCGGCAGAGGACAUCACGUUGAUGUCGAAGGAGUUGCUGGAGCUGCAGCCAAAGUUGGUGCAGGCGAGCAAGGAGGUUGACGCGACCAUGGCGAUAGUAGAGAAGCAGAGCACUGAGGCAGCUAAGCAGGAGAAGGUGGUGCGGGCCGAUGAGGCGGUGGCCAACGAGCAGGCUAGCGCCGCGCAGGCCAUUAAACAGGAAUGCGAUGAUGACCUUGCUGGAGCCAUUCCCAUCCUCGAAACAGCUCUCAAGGCUCUCGAAACUCUAACUCCCGCGGAUAUAACAAUUGUGAAGACCAUGAAGUCACCCCCAAUGGGUGUUCGACUGGUUAUGGAAGCGGUUUGUGUGCUGAAGGGUGUAAAACCAGAUAAAAUAAACGAUCCUGGGGGCUCUGUUAAAAAAAUUGAUGACUUCUGGGGUCCCUCCAAGAGACUCCUAGGUGACAUGAAAUUCUUGGAACACUUGAAGACCUACGACAAAGACAACAUUCCUGAUGGAAUUAUCAAGACGAUUAGGGAGAAGUAUAUUCCCAAUCCAGACUUCAAACCCGAAAGAAUUGCUGUUGCCUCAACGGCAGCUGAGGGUCUCUGUAAGUGGGUCAUUGCUAUCGACGCCUACGAUAAAGUCGCAAAGAUUGUUGCACCUAAGAAGAUUGCUCUUGCAAAAGCUAUGGAGGAAUACAAUAUCGCUAUGGAGGCCCUCAACAAAAAGCGGGCUGCUCUUAAGGUUGUACAGGAUAAGCUCCAGGCUCUCACCAAUGAACUAAACAUUAACAAACAGAAGAAGAUUGAGCUUGAAAAUAAGGUGGAUAUCUGUACGAAGAAAUUGGAGCGCGCUGAACAGCUGAUCGGUGGUUUGGGCGGCGAGAAGCAACGAUGGACUGAUAAUGCCAAGAACCUUGGGGAGCAAUAUGCCACCCUUACCGGCGAUAUUCUCGUCUCCAGCGGUGUGGUGGCCUAUUUGGGAGCAUUCACUCCCACAUUUCGAGCUGAGCAGACAGCUGAUUGGCUUGCAAAGGUCCAAAACUCGGUGAUUCCUUGUUCCAACGUGUUUAGUCUUGUUGCGACUCUCGGUAGCCCUGUGACUAUCAGAGCUUGGAAUAUCGCUGGUCUGCCAACAGAUGACUUUUCUAUCGAAAAUGGUAUUAUAACAACCACGGCCCGUAGAUGGCCACUCAUGGUUGAUCCACAAAUGCAGGCAAAUAAGUGGAUUAAGAAUAUGGAGAAGAAGAAUAACUUGGUUAUUGUAAAACUGUCAGACAGUGAUUUUAUUCGAAGUAUGGAGAACAGCAUUCAGUUUGGGAUACCGGUGCUACUAGAAAAUGUGGGCGAGGAGUUGGAUCCCGUGCUGGAGUCACUUCUCUUGAAACAGACUUUCAAGCAGGGUGGUGCUUUGUGCAUCAAACUAGGGGAUUCAGUCAUCGAAUACUCACCGGAUUUCAAGUUCUACAUAACCACUAAGCUUCGAAAUCCACACUAUAUGCCUGAGGUUGCAGUGAAAGUGACCUUGGUGAACUUCAUGAUUACCAGCGAAGGGCUUAAUGACCAGUUACUAGGCAUUGUGGUAGCACGUGAACGACCUGAGCUUGAGGACGAGAAAAAUAAACUCAUUCUUCAAGGCGCUGCAAACAAGAAGAAGCUGAAGGAGCUGGAAGAUCAGAUCCUCACCGUGCUUUCUGCAUCAGAGGGCAACAUUCUAGAGGACGAGAGUGCCAUCCAGGUACUCAACUCCUCCAAGGAACUCUCUAAUGAGAUCGUGGAGAAACAAUCUUACUUUGAAGAGACAGAGAAGAAAAUUGAUGUUGCCAGGAUGGGCUACCUUCCUAUUGCCAUUUAUACCUCAGUUCUCUUUUUUUCCAUUGUCGACAUGGCUAACAUUGAUCCGAUGUACCAGUAUUCUCUCAGCUGGUUCAUAAAUCUCUUCAACUUAGCCAUUGAAAAUUCAGACAAAUCAGACGAUUUACAACAGCGGUUAGAGAUCUUGAAAGAUUACAUUACGUACUCGCUCUACUGCAACGUCUGUCGAUCCCUGUUUGAAAAGGACAAACUACUCUUCUCCUUCCUACUGGUGAUAAAUUUAGGUAAACAUAGGAAGGAGAUAAACGAGACAGAAUGGCGAUUUCUCCUCACUGGUGGCGUUGGUCUCGACAAUCCACACUCCAACCCUUCGUCUUGGCUUCCGGCAAAGCAGUGGGAUGAACUCUGUCGUAUGUCAGCACUGCCAAGAUUUACCAAGCUCAGAGAAAAUUUCACCAGUCGAUUAGCGCAAUAUCAAGCAAUUUACGACCACCCAAAUCCACACACAAUCCCUCUGCCCAAACCCUACGACGAGGAGAUUACAGACUACCUUGGCAAAAUGCUCUUCAUCCGCAUUCUUCGGCCCGACAGGAUGACAUCUAUUGUUCAGGACUACGUUACCGACUAUCUGGGGAAAAAAUUUAUUGAGCCACCGCCGUUCGACUUGCCCGGCUCUUUUGCAGACUCAAACAGCAUCACGCCUCUACUCUUCGUGCUCUCACCUGGCUCUGAUCCUAUGGCCGCAUUACUCAAAUUCGCAGACGAUAUUGGCUUCGGCGGCACCAAGUUUGAGUCUCUCUCGUUGGGUCAAGGCCAGGGUCCUAUUGCCCAACGGAUGAUGGAAAAUGCCAUCAAGGAGGGUACGUGGGUCCUUUUGCAGAACUGCCAUCUGGCUCCCUCCUGGAUGCCUACUUUGGAGAAGCUUGUGGACGAGAUCGAACCGAACACCACCCAUCCCGAUUUUCGACUGUGGUUGACCAGUUAUCCCAGUUCCAAUUUCCCCGUAACUAUUUUGCAGAAUGGUGUCAAAAUGACUAACGAGCCUCCAAAGGGUCUGAGAUUCAACCUCUGGCGAUCCUACCUGAGUGACCCCAUCGCUGAUCCAGAGUUCUUCUCCACUUGUCUCAAGCAGGGCACGUGGAAGCGAAUGCUUUACGGUUUGAUCUUUUUCCAUGCGGUAGUGCAGGAGAGGAGGAAGUUCGGACCUCUUGGAUGGAAUAAUCUCUACGAGUUCAAUGAAACUGAUUUGCGGAUUUCUGUUCGACAAUUGCACAUGUUCCUCAAUCAGUAUGAUACGGUUCAUUAUGAGGCACUUCGGUACCUGACGGGAGAAUGCAAUUACGGUGGUAGAGUAACGGACAGUUGGGAUCGCCGCACCCUUUUGACCAUUUUAGAGAAAUUUUACUGUCCCGCAUUGGUUGAAGAUCCAGAUUAUAAGUUUGACGAAAGUGGACUUUAUUACGUCCCAUCCGAAAGAACCUAUGAAGAGUACAUUGAUUUCAUCAAGACGCUUCCAUUAAAUCCUUCUCCGGAGAUCUUUGGAAUGCAUCCAAAUGCUGACAUAACCAAAGACAAUCAGGAAACGGCACUGCUUUUCAAUAGUGCUCUUCUUACGCAGUCAAAAGGAGGCUCAUCAUCGGGAGCCUCGCAGGAUGAGACCUUGGAAGACGUGACAACGGGCAUCCUUAGUCGCCUGCCCGAAAACUUCGACCUUGAGUUGAUCUUACGCAAGUACCCUACCCUCUAUGAGCAAAGUAUGAAUACAGUGCUGGUCCAGGAGCUGACGCGCUUUAACCGGCUGCUUGACAUAAUUCGCACCAGUCUGACUGACCUACGCAAAGCCAUUAAAGGUCUGAUUGUGAUGUCACCCGAUUUCGAGAACGUGGUCGUCUCCAUCCUCGAGUCUAAGAUUCCCGCAAUGUGGAUGGCUAAAUCCUACCCUUCACUCAAACCACUAGGCUCCUAUAUCAACGACUUUUUGCUCCGAAUCCAGUUUUUCCAGGAGUGGUGUGACAAUGGCGCACCACCGAACUUCUGGAUUUCCGGCUUCUUCUUUACACAAGCUUUCCUCACUGGUGUGCAGCAGAACUACGCUCGAAAGUACGCGAUUCCCAUUGACCUGCUCACUUUCGAUUUCGAGGUCAUGGAAGACCAUGAGUUCAGUGAACCACCCGCAGAUGGAGCCUAUGUCUACGGACUCUUCCUCGAUGGGGCUCGAUGGAACAGAGCAAAAAAAGUGGUUGAUGAGUCGCUUCCAAAGAUUUUACAAGAUUCUGUACCCACAAAGACUGACCUUAUGCCACGGCGCACCUACCAGACUCCAGUCUACAAGACAAGUGAGCGUCGUGGCGUCCUCUCGACCACCGGCCACUCCACCAACUUUGUGCUCGCUAUAGAUCUGCCGACGGAGAAGGCACCGGAGCACUGGAUCCUACGCGGAGUCGCUCUGCUCUGUCAAUUGGACGAUUAG